GAAAAGCAGCUUCAUUCCCAGCCAGUCGACUGCUGAUAGUAAACAAUUUUGUGGUUUCGUUAAAUAUAAAAUCCCACGAAUAAUAAGAAAAAAACAGAAAUAAAGUAAACAAAUGAAAAAAGUGAAUACAAAAACUUAGUAUUUCUGAACUAAAAAUUGUGGUUUUCUUCGAGUUAAGUCACUUGAUAUUGUAAAUACAUAACUGUGAUAAUAAACUGUGGUCACUAGCCAACCUCAAAUGGUCUGAGUGCAUGUAUACUUAUACAUUCCCAAUACCACCACUCUAGUCUAUAUAAAAGUUUGCUUGCAAGGGAAAAUUUAUUAAUAAUCAUUUAUUGGUGCUGUGAAUGACAUAAAAAGUGUCGCGAGUCGCUCAAUUUUAAGGAAAACUCUCGAAAAGAAAAAAAUUAAAUAUAUUAUAAAUUUAUUCAAAUGGAAUUGCCUGCGCCCGAGUCCUUGAAGCACUCACUCUAUGUGCCGAAUAAAACGUUAAUGGGGCCCGGUCCAUCGAAUUGCUCGCAACGUGUACUCGAUUCGUUGAGUAAUCCCAUUUUGGGACAUAUGCAUCCGGAAUGUUUUGAGAUCAUGGACGAAAUCAAGGCGGGUAUCAAAUACCUUUUCCAAACAAAAAACGAGGCCACAAUGUGCAUCAGCGGCUCUGGACAUGCCGGCAUGGAAACCGCUUUAGUGAAUCUCGUUGAAGAUGGCGAUAUUGUACUCCUAGGCUGCACCGGUUUGUGGGGACAUCGCGCUGCUCAAAUGGUUAAGCGUGUAAAUGGUGACGUGCGGUAUGUGGAGGCACGUUUCGGGCGCUCACUUACCUUCAAAGAAAUCGAAUUCGCUUUUGAGGGGCACAAACCACAAGUCUUCUUCAUUGCUCAAGGUGAUUCUUCUACGGGUAUACUGCAACCUCAUUUGAAGGAAAUCGGUGAACUUUGUCAGAAAUAUAAUUGCCUAUUUGUGGUUGACACAGUUGCCUCACUGGGUGGCACAGAAUUUCUUAUGGAUAGUUGGAAAGUAGAUAUGGCAUAUACGGGCUCACAGAAAACGCUUGGUGCCCCACCCGGCAUAACACCUGUCUCAUUUAGCGACCGUGCCAUCGCACGUAUUAAAGCACGCAAAUCGUAUGUCAAGUCCUACUACUUUGAUGCGCUCCUUGUGGGACAAUAUUGGAAUUGCUUUGAUAUGCCACGCAUCUAUCAUCACACCAUCUCGUCGACGCUAUUGUAUGGUUUACGCGAGGCAUUGGCCCAAUUUUGCGCAUUGGGACGAAAACGUGUGAUACAUCGCCAUCAGGAGUGUUCACAUCGGCUGCAAUGUGGUGUACAGGAUAUAGGAUUGGAGAUGUUCGUGCCCAAUGCCAAUGACCGCUUGCCCACAGUGAACACAAUUAAAAUACCAGUCGGUGUGGACUGGCAUAAAGUUUCUGAAUAUGCGAUGAGAAAAUACAACUUAGAGAUAAGCGGCGGCUUGGGACCCACUGUCGAACAAGUGUUCCGUAUUGGCUUAAUGGGGGAGAAUGCCACAUUCGAGCGUGUCGAUCUGGUGCUCAAUAUUAUGCAUGAAGCCAUACAAAGCGCGAAAUUGAAGGAAAAAUCGAAAAUUUAAUUUUUUAUGUCAGAUUUUAUGCUUUCACAAACCUACACAAACACAUACAUACAUAUGUAUGUACAUAUAAACUGUAUACCCACCGAGAUUAAUUGAA